UGCUGUCCACACCAUAUACCCAGCCUCCCAUGGUUGUGUUGUCGAUCCAGCCGUGGGUUUUCCAGUUUGUAUGUACAUUGAAAGCCUUGGAUAACAUAUUUAAUUACUUUUGUGUCACAAUGAAAGGAUAUCAGUGACUUGUGGGAGAAAAGGUUUCCUUGAACUCCUCGGAAUGGACAACAAUUCCCCCAGUUUGCUGAAAUGGCAAGACUACGCCACAAAUUCAAAUAAACAUUGUUGAACGUCUUUAAAACCCGUGAGAACGUUUCAAAAGCCAUAGCAUGGAGAGUACCUCUGCAGAUGGGGGUGGCUUCCUCUCCAGAAUGGCCCUCAAUGACAACAAGGCUGGGAUGGAAGGUCUCGAUCGGGAAAGAAUCAACAAGAUCAUCAUUGAGUCCUCAAAGGGCUCUAGGUUCUAUGAGAACGAGGCUAAAAAAGAGCUGCAGGUGAACCAGCGCAUUGAAAAGAUGACGCUCCAGAGGGCUCAGAUCACCGAACAGCAGCUUCAGAAAGCACACACUCAGGUAGAGAAGAUGGUGAAUGAGCUGGACAUGAGUCGAGAUCUCAGCCGUCUCAUCGUGCACGUGGACAUGGAUGCGUUCUAUGCCGCGGUGGAGAUGAGGGAUUGCCCCGAGCUGAAGGACAAACCUAUGGCUGUGGGAUCCAUGAGCAUGCUCUCAACAUCGAAUUACCAUGCAAGGAAAUUUGGUGUUCGUGCUGCAAUGCCAGGCUUCAUCGCCAAAAAGCUCUGCCCCAAUCUGGUCAUUGUCCCAUGCAACUUUGAUAAAUACAGAGCUGUGAGCAAUGAGAUCAGAAAGAUCUUUGCAGCGUAUGACCCUAAUUUCAUGCCCAUGAGUUUGGACGAGGCCUAUCUGGAUUUCACAGACCACCUGGAACAGAGGAUUAGCUGGCCCGAAUCCUUACGUACACACUGCCUGCACACCGACAUCACUGAGACAGGUGAACUGCAAAGCAAAGUUCCCCAGGAGUCUGAGCCGUGCGUGGAGAACCUCUCCCCCCUUUUGUUUGAGGACAGCCCCAGUAGCACGCCCAGCUUGCCUCCCUCGGGUGAGAAGGUGGAGUCUGGUGGAGGCUCGGAGGUGUUUGGGACCUGCGUGGAGGAGGCGGUGAGGGAGAUGCGCUUCCGCAUCGAGCAGAAGACCACACUGACCGCCAGUGCAGGCAUUGCUCCAAACACGAUGAUUGCCAAGGUGUGCAGUGACAAAAACAAGCCCAACGGCCAGUACAGAGUCCCCUCCAACAGAGAGGCAGUCAUGGACUUCAUCCAGACCCUGCCAGUCCGCAAAGUUUCUGGCAUAGGGAAAGUAAGUGAGAAGAUGCUGAGCAGUCUGGGCAUCACUACCUGUGCUCAUCUUGGCCAGCAGAUGGCUCUGCUCUCCCUGAUGUUUUCAGAGACGGCGUGGCAUCACUUCAUGAGGAUUUCCUUGGGUCUAGGCUCCACUCACAUGGAAAGGGAUGGAGAAAGGAAAAGCAUGAGUACAGAAAGAACAUUUAGGGAGAUGAGUGUGGCGGAGGAGCAGCUGUCUCUGUGCAGGGAGCUCUGUGAAGACCUGGCAGCGGACAUGAAGAAGGAAGGACUCCGGGGUAAAACGAUAACGUUGAAGCUGAAGAAUGUGAAGUUUGAGGUGAAGUCCCGGGCGUGCACUCUGCCCUGUGCUGUCGCCACGACUGAUGAGAUUUUUGCCGCCGCCAAGGAUCUCUUGAAAACCGAGAUGGAGAAUGUCAGUCCUCAGCGGCUCCAGCUGAGGCUCAUGGGCGUUCGAAUCUCCACCUUAGUGAGCGCAGAUGACAAGAAGCCCCAGCAGAAAAGCAUUGUGGGCUUCCUCCAGCAGGGCUCCUCCGGCCCGUCCCAUGGUAUCGUUCCAAACUCUGUGAAAGAGACCGCCUCCCACCUCCCCAUGGAGCGUCCUCCCCCUGCUGGCAGUCAUAUACUGGAGCAGCUUCCCCAGAAAGUCCCCAAGCUACAGGGUCUCCCAUGGGCGGCAGGGCAGACGGGGGCACAAGUCUCAGUGGCCGGUGAGAACCAGCCACAAUCUUUCUUCCAGAAGGCCUACGCCAAGAAGCUGAGUCUCCAGGUUAAGAGCUUGAGCGAGACGGACAAAGGGCGGGGCAGUGUUUGCUCUGGGUUGACCCAGCCAGCAACGGACAAUCCAAAGAGCCGUGGCGCCGCGAUAGAGAUGCAUGAGUCAGCGCAAGGUCUUUUGGGAUCAAGUGGAAACUCAUCCAUCACACGUGAGGAACCUGUCCGUGUGGCCCCCCCAGAGGCCAGCGCUUCCACCUCCGGCGCCGCGGCCCCGGACCCUGAGACCCUUACCUGUCCCGUGUGCUUUGGGGAGGUGAGGACCACGGACCUCCAGGUGUUCAACAGACACAUAGACCUGUGUCUCAGCGGUGUCGCCACUGAGACACCCACAGAUACGGACUCGGAGUCGGACGGAGACGGAGGUCCGAAGGGAUUUACCGUCAUAGACGAGGGGGUCCCGGGGAAAGGCGAGGACAAAGAGAGGCAGAAGAGGUCAAACCCGGAGGACGCCCUCAGUGCUUUUAAGACGUGCGACGCUUUACGUGGUCCUAGUGUAACUCGGGCGGAGGACACGGGGGAUCCAGGCGCUAAGGAACGGCGCAGCGGAGACAAGCCCCUGUUGGACCACCACGGCUCUAGAAGGGUGCAUUCGCCUCAGAGGGCCUCUUCGUCGCACCGCGGUGACCCAGCAACGCAGAGCUCACGCCUCGAGGCGCCGCCCGGCCACGAAGGCUCCACCCUCAUCUGCCCUGUGUGUCAGGUCCCCCAGAACACCCAUGACCUCACCGUCUUCAAUCACCACGUCGACCUCUGUCUGAACCAGGAGGUGCUGCACAUGCUCGCACCACCCUCAUCGUCGUCGUCUUCUACUAUGCGACCUCCGGUCACGGCUAAAAGGGGGCAAGAACUACACACGGCACGACCAAACAAAGGCAAAAGCAAAAGGCGAGGCCCACCUGCUUCCCCUCCUGCUAAGAAAGCCAAAGGCCGGGGCUCCCAGAACACCAUUGACAAGUUCUUCAUGUGACACAAUG